UGAACUCGGUUGCAACAGAAACAAGCAGAAGGAGAACUGUGUUCACUUGUUUGUACAAUACUUCCCACCCACCCCUGCAGUGUUGAAACUACAUCUACCUCGAAUUUCUUUAGCUGUGUUUGCAACUCUACGUUUUAUUUAUUUAUUUUUUGGGGUGGUAAUAAUUAGAAUUUAAGUUAAGUACAAAAUUGCACUAUUAUUUUUUGUUCCGUCAGUUGCUUUGCACUAGUAUUUGGUGAAGAUGCACACUACCCAGAAGGAUACCACCUACACGAAGAUUUUUGUUGGGGGUCUGCCCUACCAUACCACAGAUUCGAGUCUCAGGAAAUACUUCGAAGUGUUCGGUGAAAUAGAAGAAGGUGUGGUGAUUACUGACAGGCAGACUGGAAAAUCCAGAGGUUAUGGAUUCGUCACCAUGGCUGACAGGACAGCAGCAGAAAGGGCCUGUAAGGAUCCCAAUCCCAUCAUAGAUGGCAGGAAAGCCAAUGUAAACCUUGCGUACCUGGGAGCAAAGCCCAGAGUAAUGCAACCAGGUUUUGCCUUUGGGGUUCAGCAAAUCCAUCCUGCAUUCAUUCAGAGACCUUAUGGCCGACAGACAAGCAAUCCAGACACAGAGGGCCUGCAGUAUAACCCUAGGAUCCCAGCUCACUAUGUCUAUCCUCAGGCAUUUAUGCAGCAGGGAGUCAUGAUCCCACAUGUGCAGCAAACUGCAGCCACAGCAGCAGCCACCUCUCCGUACAUCGACUACACCGGAGCCGCAUAUGCACAGUAUUCCGCAGCUGCCACUGCUGCAGCCGCCGCAGCUUAUGAACAAUACCCCUAUGCAGCUUCCCCGGCCGCAGCUGGUUAUCUCACUGCUGCUGGUUACGGCUAUGCGGUCCAGCAGCCUCUUGCUGCCGCGGCCCCUGGCUCGGCUGCAGCAGCGGCCGCAGCCUUCGGCCAGUACCAGCCUCAGCAGCUUCAGACAGACCGCAUGCAAUAACAACAGAGCAAUGGAUGAGAAAGGAAAACAGUAAUAAUGAUACAGACUUACAAAUAUUAUAUUUCAUGGCCUUACAACUUGGGAGUGAUGAUAAACCAAAACUGUAUGAAAUAACAGCUGAUUAUUAUUUUUGUUAAUAAUAAUCUAGAAUUGUUAUGACUGUUAGAGAUCUCACCAUGUUAUAAAUGCAUUCAGAAUGAGACUAGAGACCCUGUAUCUAAAAAAAAAAAAAAAAAAAAAAAAAAAGUACAGUCUGCACAAGUGCAUCUACUUUUUCUGGUUAUCCGGGAAAUACAGUAUUUUCCAGCACUCUGUUUUCAAAAGUGCAAAUCAGGGAAUGAUAGAAGUAAGCAAAAAAAAAAUAAUAAAAAAUGUAGCUCAUAUCAUGUAUAAGAACUACCUUUCAACUUCCAAAUGCUGAAUCUCCUUUCUGACUGUCACUUUGACUUAUGCAAAAUUAUUAUUAUUAUUAUUAUUAUUAUUAUUAUUAUUAUUAUUAUUAUUAUUAUUAUUUUCUUCUUUUAGGAAAAACAAGAUUUAUUUUACGGGCAUCGAACAAUUUAAGGCACACAGCCAUUCAAUUUUUUUUUUUUUUUUUUUUUUUUUUUUUUUUUUUUAAAUGGACAGUCACCAAAGUUAUUUUCUUUCCUCAUCUCUGCAUGAGUGGAAGUCUGGAGCUGGUGAUGUGGAAUAAAUGGGUGCAACAGCUGUCCGGACAAUCAGUAGCACAGACAGCUCUGGAAAGAACUCAUCACUUGUGCUUGUUUGAUGAGCUGUCACAUUUUAAUCCCUCUCCCCGUCCUUUUGGGAAACUUUAACUGCUGGUGUCGGCUGUUCUAAUUCUGAAAUAGGAUCAGCCCUUGAUGACAUCAGACCUUUCUUUCUAUUUAUUGCACCUGCCAUUGGCUCUGAAUGAAAUACAGGGGAAAAAAUGUGAAACUUAACCCUUUCAAACCUGCUAUUUUGGUCAACAUGAAUAGCAGACACCUUUUGCAUGUUUUGUAUAUUUUCUUUAAUGGUUGGCACAACAACGCAAUUGAAAUGAAUUUCUACCUGCCAAUAUGAAAUAUCUUAUGCAAAUUGUUCUUUGUUCGAAAAAACAACACUGUAGUUUUAAGGGGUUAAAUAUUAGUAUGUGUUUCUUACUGUGCCUUAUAAUAUUUGUAAUGCUAUUUAAGAAAAAGAAAAUAUUUAUUUUGAAAGUUUGACUGUUGCGCACUAAAGAAGGGAACUUUAGAUGCAGUAUUGUGAAAAUUAAUAUUAUGUAUUCAUCUCAUGGCAUAUAAGUUAUUAAGUAGAUUUUAGUUCUAGAAUAUUAAUUCACAUAUUCAACCAAAAAUGUUGUCUAGGGUUUAUUUAAGAUACAAUACAAAUCUAUAUGUGCACUGUACAUGAUAUAUUUUAGAAAAUGACAUUUAAAUAUUUACUAAUGCCUUUUCUACGAAAUAUAUUUUAAAUGCAGGCCAGUUACAUAGAAAAUGUAUCUUUGCUCCUUAGAAAUGUUAAGCUAUGAUAAUUACAUUUGCUAGGAAGGAAAAAAAAAGGCAAAAGCUGCUUAUAUAUUAGAAUGUAUUGUCCUGUAAAGCUUCAAUACUUGUGCUUUUUAUUGUCGAGAUCUUCAUCACUUGGAUUAUUUUACGCUGUUGGGAAUUUUUAUACUUGAACGAUUUCUUACAAGGGAAAACAUGACAAAAAAGGAGCUUUUUAAGAAAACUUUUCAACGUCACUGGAUUAAAUAAAGUAUUAGGGAAAAGCUAGUAUUAUAUACAAUUUAAAUGCAACAGUCAUGCUGGUAUUACAAUUAUGAUUUCAGAUCUUCUGUACUAUUUACACUUAAAUAAAAAACCCAAAUAUUGUUGUAUUUAUUCAGAAAAAAAUUACAGUCUGUAUGUGACAUAAAUAACAGCUAUGUCAUUGAAAUGCAUGCAAUGUGAAAAAAUACAAUACUGCAUUUAAACACUGAACAGGACACUGAACCCCAGCAUCCAAAGAAAAACUAUCAUUUGUUUUCUGUACAAGGUCAACAACUGUAUGCCCUUAAACCAUAUGAAUUGGACCCAGACAAAUGUUUGGACUGCACUUGCAAAAUAACUUGCCAGUCAGAGUAAAAUUGCCCUUAUCUAAAACUGGAUGUGCUAUUUCUUUCAUGGCAUCUGGGAUGGUUCCUCGCUGGCUGGUACUGCUGUUUCAUUUCAUAUAAUGUAAGCGUUUGAUCUGAUGUUCAGUGCAAGAGAGUUGGUUCAACGCAGGCUGUUAUCAGCUAUGUAUAUACCUAUAUAAUACAGUCUGCAUUACUAUCAAAGUCAUUUUGGUAGUUGAAAAUCUGACUCUUGCAUCCUACAUACAGUCCUAAUGGUGAUUUACUUCCCUUCUUUUUAGAAUAAAAUCUCUGAAAGCGUUCA